AUGGAUGCUGAUAUUGUGUAUUUUUAUAACUUAAGAACACGGGAAUCUUCCUGGACCAAACCAGAAGGAGUGAAGAUUAUUCAGCAGACUGAACUUGCACCAGUGUUAUCGGCUCAAGCACAAGCAGUGCAUCCUGCUCAUGCUGCACAGGUAGCUCAGGCAGCCCAAGCUGCUCAUGUGGCUCAGACAGCCCAUGCAUCUCAAGGAACUCAAGGGUCUCCUGUGCCUCAUGGGCCCCAGCCAUCCCUUGGCCCACCACCAAGUAUUGGUCCACCACUUCCUUCUCAUGCACAGCAGCAGUCUCUUGGUCCCCCGCAACAGUCUCUUGGCCCCCCACAGCAACAGCAGCCACAUGGGCCGCCACAGCAACAGCCCCAUGGGCCGCCACAGCAACAAAUAUAUGGUCCCCAGCAGCAGCAGCAGCAGCAACAGCAGCAGCAGCAGCAGCAGCAGCAGUCUCAUGGUCCACAUCAUCAAUCGUUUGGACCACAAAAGCAGCAGCAAGCCCAUGGACCACCACCUCCCCAGCAGCAAGCCCAUGGACCACCACCACCACAGCAGCAAGCCCAUGGACCACCACCACCACAGCAGCAAGCCCACGGACCACCACCACCACAGCAGCAAGCCCACGGACCACCACCACCACAGCAGCAAGCCCAUGGACCACCACCACCACAGCAGCAAGCCCACGGACCACAACAGCAGUCACAUGUGUCUCAGGCAUCCCACAUGCCUCAUGUCUCUCAGGCUUCCCACAUGUCACAGGCUCCUCACUUGUCUCCAGCAACUCAAGUUUCACAAGCUUCUCAUGUGCCUCAUGCUUCUCACUUGUCUCCAGCUUCUCACAUAACGCAGACGGUCCAAACAGCUCAGCCAUCUCAAGUGGGGCAGACUGCUCAAGCUGCCCAGGUGGCGCAAGCUGCUCAAGUUGCCCAGGCAGCGCAGGCUGCCCAGGUGGCUCAGGUGGCGCAGGCGGCUCAGGCUGCCCAGGCGGCACAAGCUGCUCAAGCUGCCCAGGUGGCACAAGCUGCCCAGGCGGCUCAGGCGCAAGCUGCUCAAGCUGCCCAGGCGGCGCAAGCUGCUCAAGCUGUCCAGGCAGCGCAAGCUGCUCAAGCUGCCCAGGCGGCGCAAGCUGCUCAAGCUGCCCAGGUGACUCAGGUGACCCAGACUGCACAAGCUGCUCAGGCAGCACAGGCUGCCCAGUCUGCCCAGACUGCACAGCCAACUCAAGCUGCUCAAGUGCCUCAAGCUGCUCAAGCUGCCCAGGCAGCAAAAGUGGCUCAGGCUGCUAAGGCUCCACAUUUAGCACAGGCCGCCCAAACAGCAUCUUCUGUAGGUUCCAGUAUGCCCGCAGCUAGUGGGACAACGACAGUCUCAGCAUCGCCAUCACCAUCACCAUCCUCUACUCAGUCUUCAGCAUCAUCUGCAGCAACUCCUCCAACUAGUAAUUCCACUGCAGUCUCACGUGCCAGUACCCCCUCUUCAGCUCAAGAUCAUCCGACCCAGAAUUCGGUUGUCUCGACAUCUCCUACAAUAGUAAGUGUAUCUACAGCAACACCUGUUUCUGCACCGGUGCAAAUUAUUUCCCAGCCACUUCCUCAGGUUAUGCCUCCUACAGUUCCACAUGUUGUUCCACAGCCAGCAGCUGCGAUCCCAGCUUUUCCUCCAGUAAUGGUCCCUCCUUUCCGGGUGCCACUUCCUGGCAUGCCUAUUCCAAUACCAGGUGUAGCAAUGAUGCAAAUAGUCAGCUGCCCGUAUGUAAAGACAGUCACUACCACCAAGACUGGUGUGUUACCGGGAAUGGCCCCUCCUAUUGUUCCUGUGAUCCACCAGCCAGUUGCUAUUGCAGCAUCUCCUGCUGCACUCGCUGCUAGUGCACCAGUGACUGAGUGGACAGAGUACAAGACAGCUGAUGGGAAAACAUAUUAUUACAAUAACAGAACUUUAGAGUCUACAUGGGAAAAACCCCACGAGCUUAAAGAAAAAGAAAAAAGUGUUCCGGUAGAAAAAGAAGUGGAGAAAGUAAAAGAACCGGUUAAAGAUCCAGCACCAGUAGAAGAGGCUCAGCCAAUGGAAACAGAGGAAGAAGUUAAAGAAGAACCUGCAAAAGAAAAAGAAAUCAAAGAGGAGCCAAAAGAAAUUGAACUGACCGAAGAAGAAAAGGCUGCACAGAGAGCUAAACCUGUAGCUACUGCACCCAUUCCUGGCACACCAUGGUGCGUUGUUUGGACUGGUGAUGAGCGUGUGUUUUUUUACAACCCUACCACUCGCAUCUCAAUGUGGGAUCGACCAGAGGACCUGAAUGAAAGAGCAGAUGUUGACAAAAUUAUUCAGGAACCCCCUCACAAGAAAGGAGCAGAAGGUGGGAAAAAAACUGUCAAAGAAGAAGCAGAGUCUCCUGAGGAAAACAGUGAGGAUGAACCCAUUAAGGCGAAGAAGCGAAAGAAGGAAGAUGCCAAAGACGGUGACAUUGAAAAAGAGGCAGCUAUGGAAGCUGAAAUCAAAGCUGCUCGAGAGAGAGCCGUGGUCCCCUUGGAAACUCGAAUGAAACAGUUCAAAGACAUGUUACUAGAAAGAGGGGUGUCUGCUUUUUCAACAUGGGAAAAAGAGCUGCAUAAGAUUGUUUUUGAUCAUCGUUACUUGCUUCUGAGUCCUAAAGAAAGGAAACAGGUGUUUGACCAGUAUGUGAAGACAAGGGCUGAAGAAGAACGCCGAGAAAAGAAGAGCAAAAUAAUGCAACUUAGAGAUGAUUUCAAGAAGUUAAUUGAUGAGGCUAAAUUAAGUCCUAGAACUAGUUUCAGUGAAUUUGCAAUAAAGUAUGCCCGAGAUAAUCGAUUUAAGGCCAUUGAAAAAAUGAAAGAUAGAGAAGCCUUGUUCAAUGAAUUUGUCUCUUCUGCCCGAAGGAGAGAGAAGGAAGACACAAAAAGUCGUGGUGAAAGGGCAAAACAGGAGUUUUUUGAGAUGUUGUCAGAGCACCAUCUGGAUGCUCAGUCCCGCUGGAGCAAAGUGAAGGACAGAAUGGAAAGUGACUAUCGUUACAAAUCUAUGGAGAGUUCAUCACUAAGGGAGGAACUCUUCAAGCAGUACAUAGAAAAAGUAGCUAAGAAUGUGGAUACUGAGAAAGAAAAAGAGAUGGAACGACAAGCCCGGAUUGAAGCUAGUUUGCGUGAGCGUGAAAGAGAAGUCCAGAAAGCUCGCUCUGAACAAACAAAGGAAAUUGACAGGGAGAGGGAGCAACAUAAGCGUGAAGAAGCUAUCCAAAAUUUCAAAGCUCUUCUGUCUGACAUGGUACGGUCGUCAGAUGUUUCUUGGUCAGAUACUAGACGGAGUCUUCGGAAGGAUCACCGCUGGGAGUCUGCAUCAUUAUUAGACCGAGAAGAAAAAGAAAAACUCUUCAAUGAACACAUUGAAGCACUUUCCAAGAAAAAGAAGGAGCACUUUCGGCAACUGUUAGAUGAAACACUUACAAUCACACUUACUUCCACGUGGAAGGAAAUUAAAAAAAUUAUUAAAGAAGAUCCACGCUGCACAAAGUUCUCAUCUAGUGACAGGAAAAAGCAGAAGGAAUUUGAAGAAUACAUUAGAGAUAAAUUUAUUACAGCCAAAGCUGACUUUCGAACACUUUUGAAAGAGACCAAAUUUAUUACAUACAGAUCAAAAAAGUUGAUACAGGAGUCAGACCAGCACAUGAAAGAUAUUGAGAAAAUUUUACAGAAUGAUAAGCGAUAUUUAGUACUCGACUGUGUUCCAGAAGAGAGACGGAAGCUUAUUAUGGCAUAUAUUGAUGAUUUAGAUCGCCGAGGUCCACCACCUCCUCCUACAGCGUCAGAGCCAACAAGACGGUCCACCAAAUAAUGCUGAAACUGAUUAUUUAAAUCUCUCUGCAUGAGCCAUCUACCAGGACUUUUAAGUAUAUGUCACAGUCAGUCUGUUCUGGGAAAAAACUGGGUACAGAGCAAAGCAUUUUUUUGUUUUUAUAGGCAAGUGAUAAUGUUACAUCACUUGUGAUAAAUGAGUGUUUACAUUAAACAGAUAUAUGGUGGGAAUCAGGAGAGUUGUGAUAUCCUGCUUUUCUUGUAAAACAGUAAAGCAAGUACUUGCUUUGAGCAGAGGUAUGGAGAAAAGUUCAUUUGGGUUGUCUUAGGGCCUUUGUGGGCUUGCACUUCUGUGAGCAGCUGUAACAUUUUUGUGAUUAAUGAUAGUUGAAAAAGCAUGUGUAGAUUUUUUGCUUUGUUUGUCUUCAGUGUAGUUGCAAACCUGAGCCGUGCAAUAAAAUGCCAUGUUACACCAUCUUCACAUCAUGGGAGUUUUAUGCAUCUGUGCUUAUCAUAUAAGGCCAGAGUAAAUGUGUUCAGAGGGGGAAAUGUAAAGGUGUUAACAUCCCUUGUUUGUUGCAUUUGAAAGCAUAGCUUUUGUUUUUAGCCCAGGUUUUUCCAGAUGCUUUUCUUAAAGCAGAGCUAAUUAAAUUAAUAUGUGAUACAGUGUACAGGAUGACUGUAUAAGUGACUACCUUACCAUAAAGUGAUCUUUUGUUGCUUUAACUUUAAACAUUUAAUUACCAUAGGGAAUAUUCUUGUAAUAAUAUACAGUUUAAAUGGUUAGCGUUUAUUCAGAUGAGUUUGACAUGUUGGAAUUGCUUAGUUUAUGUAUCAAGACUGCUGCAAUAAACCAACACCUUUUUUAUA